UAUAGAGGCCCCCCAUUCAGUGAACAAAAGCAUUCCCGUAAGCCUGCAAGUCCCACGGCGCCGAUAAUGACGAAACUCUGACCGAGGAAGGCCCCUCCCAAAACAAUCACAGAUACACAUUUUAUAUAUGGCUCUGCAAUGCGUGAUCAAGCCCAAGAUGUGGCUCGGUGUUAAGCAGAUCCUGCUCUACGUGGGCCUCCUGCUGUGCGUGCUGCUGCAGGUGUGCCGCAGCAAGACCCAGCUGCAGAUGUACUGCCCCACGGUCUGUCGGUGCGAUCUCCAUCUCCAGCGCAAUCGGGCGGUCUGCAGUGCGAGGCGACUGAUAAGCGCCAAUAUAGAAAUGCCCAAAACGGUGGAGUUGCUGGAUCUGAGCUACAAUGACAUCACCAGCAUAGACAAUGACUCCUUCCAGAGCACCGUUCACUUGGUGAACCUCUCCCUGUCCCACAAUGCCAUCCACACGCUGUACGGCGAUGGCUUUGCGGAGCUGCGGCGUCUGCGGCACCUGGAUCUGUCCUACAACCGGCUGGAGCAGAUCGACGAGCACCUGCUGGAGUCGAAUGCCCAGCUGAUCCACCUCAAUCUGGAGGGCAACAAGCUGGCCACCCUGGGCAGUGGCCCCCUGCUGCGAAGCCCCUCGCUGCGCUCCCUCAACCUGCGCAACUCGCAGAUCAACCAGCUGGGGGCAGAGCUCCUCAGCGGCCUGCCCCAGCUGCGGCAGCUGGACGUGGCCCAGAAUCUGUUGCUCACCCUCAGCGCGGGGGUGUUCCGCCCCCGCUACCUGGCCUCCCUCAACCUCGAGGAGAAUCCCUUCAACUGCGAUCGAGCCUUGAGCAAAGUGGCCACAGGACUGCGUCAGCGGGGCGUGGCCCUCUUCAUGAGCGACUGCGUGGAUGAGGAGCCGGCUCUGCCGCCGCCGGAGGAGGUGGAGCUGCAGGGGGGGCCGACGAUGAAGUUCGAACGCCUCGAGCACCUGGAGCCCACCACCCAAGGGCCGCAGUCCGUGCUGGCCGUGUGGCGGGAGCUGGACUCCAGCGAGGAGAGCACCGGCGACGAGGAGGAGGAGCAGGAGCUGUCUUCCCUCAGCGACGUCUGCGAGGGCAGUCGGGAGAAGCUCUGCCUGAACUACCGCACCUGCCUGGAGCGCGUGAGCCACAUGCUCCUGGCCGGCGGAGGCGCCCAGCUGCCAGACGAGAUCGAACGGACGCUCAAGUACGACUCGGAUGACCUCAAGCUGGCCUUUGUUGUGGGCGGUGCCACAGGCAUCUGCAUGGUCAUCUUCAUCAUCACCUUCGCCCUGUGCCUCAAGAGCUGCUGCGAGAUGCGCAAGAAGAAGUCCACUCUGGAGUCGCCGGAGGGCGAAACGCCUCUGGAUCCCUCGCAGGAGACCCUGCCCACUAUUCACACCUGGUCGCCGCACAGGACUCGCAAUCCCCGGCGAUCCAACCCGCAGCGUGCCUCGCGGGCCGUGGUCCGCCAGCCCUACGGGCCGCAGGACAGCUUUGUGAACCGCAUCUUUGGGCGGCCGGCCCGCUCUCAGUACUACCGCACCAUCAACCAGAACACGGCCACCCUGAUCCGCCGCCUCAGCCGCAGCAACCUCUUCAGCAGUCGCGAUCGGGAGCCCGUCACACCCACCACCCCCCCGCCGGAGAGCACCUCCCGUUUCUACACGGACGAGGCAGCGGCGCGACCUGAGACGCCGCCACCCAACUACGGGGACGUUGUGGUCAUCGACAAUUGUGAUAACAAGUGAAGUGAACCAAAGCCAGGAAGAAACAUUCGAUUUAGCUAAGAAAUAUUUAAAGUGGAUGCUGUUUGUGCAGGGGAACAGCUUUAACAGGGCAACCUAACAGCGCGGUAACAGCACUCCAUGUUAACAGCUACCGGCUGCCGCUCUCAGUUAACAGCCAGCUGUAGCGCUCUCUAACAGCGCGCUGUGAGAGCGGUCUGGCACUGUUAUCACGAUCCACACGAAGCACACGAUCCACUCGGCUCCGGGCGGCCUUAGCUUGUAAGAGAGAAACUCACAGAGCAGCUACGAGAGCUUAAUACACAUACACAACGAUACAUAUAUACUACUAAGCAAUGAAAGACACAACAAAUACACAACAAAUAUGGGAAUACAAUUAUCUUCUAUAAGCCUCAUUUAUGAUGAAAACUUGUAUCUGCUAUAAAAAUCACUUGAAAGCAUUAUUCCCGUCGAUUCCUCUGCCUGAAUCCACCAAAAGAUCUCACACAGAAAAUAUCAAUUGGGGAAUUCCAGUAUUUUCAUUCA